AUGGCUGUCCCGUCCGGUCUCCCCAACUACACUCGCCACAUAACCAGCCACAACUCCUCCGGCGAGGCCAUAAUCCACACCUCCACACCAGGCGACUGGACCAGCAUCGGGGAGGACCGAUUCGGCUUCAGCGUCGCCUACACCACCUCAUCAUUCCCACCCGACCUCAACAAUGACGCCGACAUUUCCACCCACUCAGCCAAAAUGGAAUCCAAGAACCUCGGGCUCGUCAGCCCCAACGGCACCGUCUGUCGCGUGGUGGACUUCGCACCCAACACAGACCCAUUCAUGCACCGCACGCGGAGUCUAGACUACGGAGUUGUCCUGGAGGGCGAGAUCAUCAUGGAGUUGGACUCGGGGGAGAAAGUGUUGAUGAAGAAGGGCGACAUAGCCGUGCAGCGGGGGACGAUGCACGGAUGGCGCAAUCCGAGCAAGGAGAACUGGACGAGAAUGCUGUUCGUGCUGCAGGACUGCAAGCCCAUCUCUGCGGAGGAUGGUAAACAGUUGGGUGAGGAUCUGGGAAAGUCGUCGGAUCUGCCUCCUUCUGAUGGAGCUAAUGCAUAACUCCAAUAACUAUCAAUACACUAAGACUCUAUAACUACACAAACCGACAAUGAUGACAUAUCAAGGAACCCGAAUAACAACCUUCCCAAAAUGCCCCCCACUCUCCAAGAACCUAAACGCCUGAUCAGCCUCCUCAAACCCAAACACCUUCGAAACCACCGGCUUAAUGCCCUUCUCCUCAUAGAAAGCCACCAUCUCCUCAAACCGAUCUCUCGGCCCAUUAAUAAUCCCCUGCAGCGUAACCGUCCGUCUCAGCGCCAGCAAAUUAACAUUAAUCCGAUCCUCGGGAUCAUCCACCUUGCCGGACAAAUACCCAAUGCAGUUAAUCAAUCCCCCGAAAGCAAUACACUCGAAACUCUUCCUCAGCGUCCUCGCACCCCCAGUCUCAAGAAUCACAUCCACCCCCUUCCCCUUCGUAAUCCGCAGC